CCGACGGAUGUUGUUCGCGAAUCUUCACUCCGAAUCAGUGAACUGGUGGUGACAGCGAAGAGAUUAAAAGAGGUCAUGUUGUCCUGCACGAGUUCGACAAGGCAGUCAACUUUACCCAGGCCUUAGUACUAAGAAGAAAUGACAUUGACAAUCCCGAGUUGAGUUUCUUUGCUCUGGAGUCUCUGCCGAUGGAAAGCAAUCUGAACUUGCAGCCCCGGGGAGGUGGACAGGGAGACUACUUGCCAGGGAAAUACGUUCGGAAUGCACGUUAAAGGCUGCAAAGGUGCUGGUGAGAACGGCAAUAGCAAGAGACGCCAGAAUAAUGGGGCGCACGGAACUUCCAAAAUAAACUGGCGCGGGCAAGUUGAAAACUGUCGCCUUGGAACUUUCCGAAGUCGCUUUAAAGAGUUAAAAAUACAAGGUUUCAUGCAUGCCAGUAAAUAAACUGCAAGUACACGGGAAACGUACAUUUGGAAACUCACUAAAGUAGACGACGUCCACGUUACAAAGUGGCAUAAGGCUUUGGCGGUGGAAUUGUUCACUUUACUAUUUGGAAAAUUUAAUAACUUCGGAGAUGAACAUUACAGGAGCAAUUAGAAACCUUGGAAAUACAUACCACCUCGAAUUGUAUAGGUGAAUCAACCGCGAAAAGUGCAAACGUUGACACGCUAUAAAGUUGAAAGGAAUGGGGAAAAAAGUGAAAUGUAUACCGUUCUAGUUACAAGUUUAAAAAUGUUGACCUAGAACUGUGAUUUUUUAUGAAUGCCCCAAAAGGGACGUUGACGAUCACUAACCACCUCGAAGUUCUGCGAAGAUUUUUUUUUUUUUAGUACAGUAGUCACGUACUCUGCCAUUUGCAUAUUAAGACAUUUGAUUCAUCAGUUAGUAAGACAAAAAUGUAACAUUUGAAACAGUACAUCGUUUUUCUUUCUCAGAUUUUAUGUAUUGGGAGAAUUUAAUUCAUUCUCCAAAUGGGCUUGUUUUUAUAAUACAUGGAUUGUAAGAGUUAGGUUAUAAGUACUUUAACAGCCAUCCUUCGUCCCAUGAAAGUCAGAUGCACCAGCUCCUAUUGUGACGUUUUAUCUAACUGGAGUCUACUUGAUUUUCCUACUUGUGCAGUAAAGACGCAAAAAAAUAGUUAUCGAUUUUAAGCUUUGCAAUGGGAAGGAAAAAAAAGACUCUCCAUGACUACGCAGCCGAGUUCAGUGACCUGGCGGUGAAGAGGCAUGUAGUGGAGCAGCAUGAAUCUGGAGAGAGAACUCUUGUGGAACUACUUUACUGUCGGUCCUGCGGGAUCCCAAUGAGAGUUCGACGGGAUCGGAUCCUGGAGCACCUGGCUUCAGCCCGCCACUACCGCAACAGAAGGCUGAUUAAGCAGCAGUGGGAAAGGAAGUCUUCCUUAAUAACAUCUCCUUCAGACCUGCAGCCUGUCAAAUUAGACUCACCUCAUCGUUUAGUAACCACCAGCCCUUGCAUCUCCAUCACCAGCAGUAACCCUCAUCUGAUCUCCCAACACCAGCCAGCACUACCAUUGCGAUCUACGGGCAUUAGUUCCACUUCUAGUGCUCCACCUACAACAGCUGAUGACUUACCCUCAACCUCAGCCAUCCAGCCAAAAAUUUUCAGCAGUGGCCAUGUUAAAAACUCGCCCGUUUCAGCAUGGAAGACUUCGUGGUUAAUGGGAACCGACACUUCCAGUAGUGUCGCUGUCCGGCAGAGUACUAGUGCAGGCCCAGUAGUCAGAGGUGUGGGUCUUGCUCUUUUUGGUGUUUCUGCUGGCUGCAAGACUCUGUGUCAGAGUCUUGUAGAAGAGGGACGCUGUCAGCUACUCUAUGUUGUUGAAGAUCAGCGUUGGGAAGUGGAGAACGUCUUCAGUCAGGAGCAGCUGAGCCAUAUAAGGAUCCUGCGCUCAGCAGACACUGACAUUGUCUUGAGUGACCAGCGGGUUUUGGGGAUUGUGGUUUGCAGUCCUCCUGAUGAAGCCUCGGUUAUUAUUGUGGAUGCUUUGAGAGCCGGUAAAGGAGUUCUCUGUGAAAAGUUGCCCAGUUUGGAUCGGCAGAUUGCAGAGUCAUGCUUCAAUGAAGCAGACAGAUUCGGGAAGCCACUGGUGUGUGGCUUUUACAAGCGUUUUGACCCGGCAUUGCAGUUCUUAUAUAAAAGACUUCAUGAAAAUGAAACUGUGGGCAGAAUUCAACAGAUAUCCACUGUUAGUCGGAUGUAUCCUCCAUCCUCUGUGGCCAGAAUUAAAGCAGCAGGUGGUGUGUUUUUCCACAGUGCCGUGCAUGACAUUGAUGUGGUCUGCUGGUUGCUGGGAGAACAUGCCCCAGACACCAUCUUCACACUUGGCCAUGCAUUUUGUGCAGAAAUGGCUGCUGUCAAUGAUGCUGAUUCCGUUUCCAUUUCCAUGAAGUUCCAGAGUGGAGCAGUUGCUUCUUUGGAUAUCAGUCAACACUGCCACAAGAGUUGCGACCAGAAAUUAGAAGUACAUGGCUCAGAAGGCUCUCUGCACAUGGAUAACCGUAACCCCCUGGGGAUCUCUGACCACAGCACUUCAGCAUCUCUGUGUUUGCAGGCAACCUCUGACCGCUACAGGGAUGCCUACAGAGAGCUUAUUCGUCACUACCUCAGGACUCUUAUAGGGAAGGAAAGUCCGUUUUUCACCAAAGAGCAGUAUUUGUGGACAAUCCAAGUGGCAGCCGCAGCUGAGCAGUCGUGGCGCAAUGGCACCGCUGUGGACCUGCGCAGUGAAGCAGUGGAGACCUCAGUUAUCAAGACGGAGGUACCCUGAGUGCAGAUUGUGGGGAACAACACACUGUGUCGACCAAAGCAUGAAAAAGUGGAUAUAAGUUUGUGAGCAAACUGGAUUUUUUUUAUUCCUCCUGUCCACCCUGGUUCUGAAGCCAAACUCUGAAACUUGUAAACUGGAAUUUUAAAGGAUUCAGAGCAAGGUCUCUCUCUGUGAUUAAUAAAACUUUAUCAUUAAUAUAA